AUGGCCACUGUUCAGCUCCUCACCUCGGAAUUGACCAACUUGGCCUCAGAGUCGCGACGAAGAACACCAGAGAUCAGACAUGCCUCAGAGAAAUCCUUGGAGAUAUUAAAGUCCUACAGGCCUAGCAUCCAGAACGAGUCUGACUUUCUCCAGUCUCUAUCGCUGCGUCCUGAGUUUUUUAGGCCUUUUAUAUUGUCCUGUCAAUCCAGAAACACAAAAUAUUCUGCUAUCGCUGUCCAGUGUCUCAACAGAUUGAUCAUUGAAAAGUCUUUACCCAUAUCUCUUUUAAACGACAUAAUCGACUCAUUGACUGAAGCAACGCAUCUCGCAAUUGAAAUCCAGCUAAAAAUUCUACAGAUUUUGCCCUCAUUAUUUCAGAUUUAUGGCAACUAUAUCAACAACGAACUAAUCUCAAAGCUAUUGUCAAUUUGUGCCCUACUACAAGGUGUCAAUAAAGUUCCUGUGGUGAUAAAUACUGCUGCUGCCACUUUGCAACAAUUGAUUGUUUUUAUUUUUGAUAAAGUCAGUGACGAAGAUUUAUUUUUAAAAAACAACCCUAAUUCAAUCGUUGAAAAAAAAUUCGACGUCCCAAUUGAUAAUAACAAGAAAAUCAAAAUAUCCUCAAAUGCUUAUGAUGCUCAAAGAAUCUUCAUUGACCUAUGCACUUUGAUCGAACACCAUAGACCAAAGUUUCUAAGAUUCACAUACCUACCCGAGACUUUUAACCUUGAAUUAAUCGAAAGCAUCUUAACAAAUCACACUGACUUGUUCUCAAAUCAUGUUGAAUUGGCUUACCUUGUAAGAACGAGAAUUAUUCCUCUUUUAUUAAGAUCCUUCUCAAUCAACAAAGAAUUCCCCGUAAUAACAAGAGUCUCAAGAAUAAUUUACCUACUAAUAAGAAGAAACUUGAAUAUUUUAAUCGUUGAAACUGAGGUGAUUAUAAGUCUACUAAACCACAUUCUCUCGCUUGAUUCAAAUUCCCCAUUCUGGAAAAAAAUCUUAGCUUUAGAGAUAUUCAACGGGUUGUUUACCGAUUUCAAUUUAAUCAAAAACCUAUUUCUAGAAUAUGAUAAUAAACCUGACAGGAAAAAGGUUAUAAACGAUUUCUUUAAAACCGUUUACCAAAUUCUCGACUCUUCAAACUCAAAGAAAUUGCUAGAUUUUGGUUCAAUCUUACACCCUCCCUCUCCCUCUCCUUCUUCAGAUCUCUCGUAUUUCUUAUCUUCAAAAAAUUCUUUACCAAAGGUAUUAUACAUCGAUCUACUAGAUAAAGCUGACGCUCCUCACAUCCCAGAUAACUACAUCUACUAUCUAAUCUUAAAUUGCUCAAUCAACUUUGCUGAAGGUAUCGGUAGAUUUAUAAUGGACCUAUCUUCAACCCCAGAACUAAUCUCUUAUCUUGAUGCAUCUUCUUUAAUCCCCCUACAAUCCUCAGAAAUGUACAGAUCUGACUCAAACUCAACCUCAAACUCUGAUUCUCAUCAAUCAAAACAAAUUCUCUAUUUAAAUUCUUCAAAAUUGUUUGAAAAAUUAAAGGACUCCUCUAUUAAAAAUGACAUUGUUUUCUCCAACAAAUUGAUUUUUAAAAAUUACGAAAUCCUUCUAUCAAUUUUAAAAAUCUUCCUAUACUCAAAUUUAGAUAAUGAUUUUUUCCACAAUUUAAUUAGAUCAUUGCAAAAAUUAUGCUAUGUCUCGGGCAUACUAGGUUUAAAACAAACAAGAACAGAUAUCAUCCUUGUAUUUGCAAUUGCAACAAUUAACAAUACGGGAAAACUAGGCUACCAAAGCCCUGACAUAAAUUCAUUGCAAUCAGCAGAUCAAAAAAACCCUGCAAACUCUAUAACCUCCUCUGAUGAUGAUAAAAAGAAAUCAUUCCUAUCUCUAAGUGGAACUGUCGUUGGUGCUUUGACACAAAAACUAAAUCAAGCUUCAUCAAUAACUUAUAACUUGACCCCUCAAAAGCCCUCAUCAAAUCAGUUGUUAUUACACACCAGAUACAUGAACUCAAGAAACUUAAUCACUUUACGGGCCCUAAUAAAUAUCGCCAUAUCUUUAGGCCCAACUUUAAACUCUUCAUGGAGAAUCAUAUUUGUCACUCUUCAAUGGGUAAAUUAUUAUAUUAAUGGGCUUUCCGAGGAAUUUGAUAAAAAUUUCGAUAAUUCAUCUUUGAAAAAAACAGAAAUCUCAGCUAGUGAAAAAAGUUUAGUUGAAAACUCAAUAAAAAAACUAUUAGAAACCACAAAAGAUUAUUCUGAUGACUCCUUUUUUGGUUUAAUAAAGGCAUUAGUGAGCUUGUCAAAUGAUGUUUUGUUAUCUGGAAAAAACGAUGACAAAGUAAACUUUGAGUUAAUUAAAGAUAGUGUGUACAAAACAUCACCAAUUGAGCCUCAAAACAAAGAUGUGAAAAAGAUAACUUUAUUUCCAUGCUACUAUAAUAAAAUCUUUUUCUUCCUCAAUAUCGGUGAAAUUACAGAACUCAAUUCAUUUCGGUUUUUGAAAGGGCUUGCGGUUGCUAAUAAUAAAAAAGAGUUAAGUUCAAUAAAUAUGACACAAAAAUCAUGGAACCUCAUUUUAAAUUACUCAAUUGAGGUAGCUUCUAAACAGACAUUAUCAAUCGUAUUAAGAAAUAAAAUUUCCAUCACCUUUAACUUUAUUAUAAAAUCUCUAGUUUUAUGUUGCCACACAAAAGAAGAUAGGUCGGUAAAUGUUGAUUAUGAAAAAAUCGAUGAAAAAGCUGAUACUGUUUUUCUUGAUUCACUCUUAUUAUUUUUAAACAAAAUCAUCCAAUUAGAUCAAAAUUCAAAAAAGUUUAAUAAUACAGAGCUAAAUUCAGUUAUAAUUUCCGAGUUUGACAUGAUUAUAAAUUCCUUAUUGAAUUUGAAGGAAUUACUAGAUAAAUCGGGAAGCUAUUUUAAAGAGGAUUCAUGGGAUAUAAUGUUUAAAAUCAUUAAUCUACCUUUUAAAUUUUACUUUUCAUUUGAUAAUGAAUCAGAAACAUUUUUGAGAAAAAAUCCUUUAAUUCUAGAAAAGAAAUCAAUAUUAAUAAAAACAUCCUUUGAUGCAUUGCAAUUAAUUUUAAAUGAUUUUUUGAACACUCUACCAUCUAAUAUUUUAAAAACAGUUAUUGAUACAUUAUUUAAUUUCAUUAAUCAAAACUAUGAAAUAAACAUUUCCUUUAGUGCAAUAAGCUACUUUUGGAUGGUCAGUGAUUAUUUAAGAGAUUUUUUGCAACCAUAUAAAAUGGAUAGAGUGUUACAGGCAUCAUUAGAAAACAUGAUCACUAAUAAAGAAGAAUUGAUUGAUACGAUAUUAUCAAAAAGAGGCGAAGAAAAUAAACUCAUUCUUUAUUCAUCGAUAUGGGUUUAUUUGUUGUAUAUUUUAGUUAGAAUAUGCAAUGAUGAAAGAACACAGGUUAGAAAUGGAUCCAUUCAAACAUUUUUCCGAAUUAUUGAUUCCCAUGGUCAAUACUUGCCCUCAUGGAUAUUAAUUUAUAAUAUUGUUAUUUAUGAUUUACUUAAGAUCAGACCUAAUGAUUUGUUUUUGACAAGCAAUACACAAGAAAGGAAAGCAAUCACUGAUUUAAAAGAAUUGGGAGCGAACCCAACUGAUCCAAAGCUCAAAUCUAGUUCAAAAUCAGAAUGGACUGAAUCUUUUAUGCUAAUAAUUAACGGUUUGGUUCGAUUAUAUACGACAUUUUUGGUUGAAUUUGAUGAGAAAAAUCUUUCUACACUGAUUAAUUAUUGGAAGGGAUUACUUACAUAUUUUGAUAAUAUUUUGCAAUUAAAUUGGGAUUCUUGCAAUUUGAAGGUUUAUGAAUCUAUUGGUGAUCUCACUGGAGCAUUUAUUGAUAAAACAGAUCUUGAAAAUGAUAGACUUCCAUUAGAGAUAAGAAUUUCACUUUUUAAUUUUUGGGCUAAACAAUCUAUUUCACUUAAUUAUCUUGAUAAUCAAAACUACCAAGAUACGAUAAUAGCUUUAAUUAAAUCCUAUGUUCCACUUUAUAAACUCAAUGAAUCAAAUUUAAAUUACGAGAUGGUGAAGCAAAGUCUAAUGAUAUUUAAUAGAGCUGUUAGGUAUCCAGUGCUUCCAAAGUUCUCAAGUGACAAUAUAUCUUGCACAGUUUUACAAAAAGCAAUAAUAGAUAAUUUGAAAUUAAUCAAAUCUAAAGAUGCUCUGAUUCAAUCGCUAGUGAUUUUACAAUUGGCAUCAAUAAUGAUACUUCCAUUCUCCACCAGAAGAAAAAUGGAGGGUAAACUAAAAGAAAACAAGUCUUACAACGGAAAAAUUGCAACGUUUAUUGCAAUAAGUUAUUCAGUGCUUCCAUUAUUAGCGGAGAGAAUUUCAAAUAUUGAAGAUUAUUCAUCGUUGAUCAAAGACAAAACAUUUAUUAGAUUGUUUAGUUCAUGUUUGGAACCAAUAAAAUUCAAAGCUCUUGGAGUUCCUGUAAAUAAAAAUAAAGAAUAUGUUGGAAGAAAGGAACUAUGGAUGGAAACCAUAGAAUUACUAGGUUUUGUUACGAGAAAGGCGAUCAAGGUAUUUGCGCCCGAUAUUGAGAAUAAUAUCUGCCCAUUACAAGUAAAAGAAGAUAUGUGGAGCUUGAUAAUUGAAGCAGUGAAAACAUGUUUAACAUCGAAUAAUAAUCGAUCAGAUUACGAAAUAUUUGACAUACAGAUGUAUGAGAAAUUCAAAGAAAUAAUUUUGCCAUACUUGAGCUUUGAGUCGUUAAAUUAUCAGUUGCUAGAAGAAUUAGUUACGAGCAUAUGGAAAACAUCAUUUUUAUAUUCAUUAAAUGAUAUUGAAAAGUCAAUGAUAUCAGGUAUUGGAGACCCUAUUGAAAUUGCAACAUUGGUGAGCCAAUUGGAAGCUGAGAAAAACAUUGGGACAACAGAGAAUUUCCAGCUAACUUCUAGGUACAAGAUCAGUUUCAUUUGCCUUUCAGAUUUAAUUUCGUUGUCUCAACCUACAAGGCGCCAGGGAGAAGAAGAGGAUUUUGCAGUCAGGUCUAAAAGACUAAUAGGCCAAAAGUGCUUGCCGUACUUUAUCUGUCGUGCAGGGCUUGUUCUAAGGAAGUUUAUCGCAGACGAAUCAUUGAUCAAUCUUUCGCCAUUGCCUCGAGUGCAACAGUUGGAAUUGGUAAUAGUGUUAAACGGCUUAAAUAGCAUUCUUGAGAACCAUGAGGAAGUGGAAAGUUUGCAUGUUUUGUAUCCCUUAAUAAUCCGCUGUAUUUCGGUUACUCACAAGGUUAGAGAAUCAGAGAUAUUGUUAGAGAAAAUAUUCCUCAAAUUAAAUUUGAGGAAUAGAAAAAGGCGAUAA